GUUAGAGUGAGACUGCCACAAAACAGCACAGAGCUUGAACAGCGUCUGAUUGUCAGUUUGAUUUCUUUUCUCUAUCUGUAAAUCAGCGAGGUCUAAAAGCGUGAUACCGGGGGAAGGAGGCGCUGGGUCGGGCCGCUCCGACGUUAAGAGGUCGAUGGAGAAACCUUUGAAGAAAGGCUGGCUGAAGAAGCAGAGGUCGAUCGUGAAGAACUGGAAACCGUGCUACUUUGUGCUGAGAGGGAACAUCCUGACGUACCACAAAGACGACAGAGAGAGCACCGUACAGGGAACGAUACCGCUGGGGGCCAGUCAAGUGAACGAGCUUCCCACAAACACAGAUGACAAAUUCAUCUUCGAGAUCAUUCCACGAAGUAAUGGGGACCGGGAGCGUGAUGGCUGUGUUCUCAUGGCAAGCAGUCAGAGUGAGAUGGAGGACUGGGUGCGACUGAUUCGCCGGGCCAUCGGAGCUCAGAGCAGCGGAGUGUUCGGGAAGGGUCUGGCGGACAUCAUGGCCUACGAGAAGAAGCUCGGGCCUCGCUCCGUGCCCAUGCUGGUGGAGAAGUGCGCCGAGUUCAUCAGGGAGCACGGGCUGGACGAGGAAGGCAUCUUCCGUCUGCCUGGGCAGGAGAACCAGGUCAAACACUUCAGAGAGGCUUUCGAUGCUGGAGAGAGACCUUCAUUUCCUGCUGAUACGGAUGUCCACACGGUAGCGUCUUUACUCAAGCUGUACCUGCGCGAGCUGCCUGAGCCGGUAGUGCCCUGGACUCAGUAUCAGGACUUCCUGGACAGCAGCGUGAUGCUGGACGCCACGACAGCAGAGGGGAAGGAGAAGCUGGAGAAACAGAUCAGCCUGCUUCCUAAAGCCAACUACAACCUCCUGAGUUAUAUCUGCAGGUUCCUGUUUGAGGUGCAGCAGCACUCGAAGGUGAAUAAGAUGAGCGUGGAGAACCUGGCCACGGUGAUGGGGGUGAACCUGUUCAAACCGCAGGUGGAGGACGCGUUCAGCAUGAUGAAGGGGACCCCGAUGAUCCAGAAGGUGAUGACGGUGAUGAUCAGGCACCACGAGUUGCUCUUCCCUGCUGUUAAAGACGCUGCUCCGUCUCCUGCUCCUGCCAAGAAGCUGAAGAGCAAAAAAGCAGCAAAUCCUCGCAGUUUCGUGGGCUGGGAGUCUGCAGAGUGCGACAUGUCGUCCUUGUCCGAGUCUCCAGAAGAAGAGGAAGUAGACGCGUUUGAGGCCGAGAGGUCAGCAUCAAAUGCUGCUACUUCUUCUUCGUCCUCUACGUCCCCCGCAUCCCCGCCUCCGGUGGACACGCUGAGUACGAGCCCGAGGAAACGUACGCAGACUCUGCCCAGCUUGGGUGGCAUGCCUGGGUUUAGACCAUCCCGAGAACCAUCCUGGGAGCGCUGGAGCUAUCUGCAGGAAACCUUGGACGAGAAGGACGAGAAGACGUUCUCCGAGGACAUCUUCAAGAUCCUGGACCUUCAGAAGGUGACGCUUUUUCCAGAAAGGCAGAACAGCAAUGGGAGAGAUGAAGGGAAGGAGGCCACUCAGGAAAGGAGGAGUAGCAAUGGUGCGGUUAAACCCGCAGAGCUUCCGCAGUUGAAAGUUGAACCUCAGGCCAAGCCCAAAGAGAACUCGAAGCAGAGUUCAACGUCUCUGAGCAGGGAGGAGAUUGUGAAACAGCAGCCACAGAGUGUUACCCAGAAACAGGGGGACAACACGACGGACCAGCAGCAACUUAUUACCAGUCUCCAGCAGACGAACAAGGAGCUGAGCGCGACCGUGGCCAAGCUCCAGUCAGCACUGGAGGUGGAGCGUCGCUGUAAAGCCGCUCUGGAGAUUUUGUUGCGUAACACCGAGCGCAGCAGAAACGAGGCCCUGAUACGUAACGAGCAGCUGGACCGCGAGAUCCAGGCGUUCAUCAGUAAAGCCAAACCAAUGUGAACACACGCUCGGACAGCCGACCAGGUGACUCCCACGUGAGGACGGAUCCAUGCAGUCUGAUCCGAUAUGGAACUUCUAUUGGGUUUACUAACCAUCCGGCUAUUUAUUUCCAAAGGAUAUUUGAAAUGCCUAUUUAAACAUAGAUGACGGACAAUAAUAUAUGAAACAAUAGUGUUUUUUCAUUAGGUAAUAAAUAUCGUAUCCUCACAGCGAGGUAAAAUGUUAUCUUGCCAUAUCAGUGGAUUUAUUAUCGGCUGGUACCGAUACAUGCUCGGGAAACGAUGCUUCUCUGCCGUUUGUAUUGUAGAAAUUUACAUUUGCCACCGGACGAAGGCACAAAAGGUUGAACGAUGACAAAAAUCUCGUUGUAAUGAGACUGCUGACGGUGAGAGAGAAUAUUAACGGACUUACGGUGUUUUAGAAUUUGCUUUUUAAGCCAUUUCUUCCCAAAAUACAACGCAAGCUCUCUACGGUGCCUGUUGAUCUUCGACGGAAUCGAAUAGAGAAGUAUGUUUGUUUUUGGAUGUGCUGCGACCAGAAACUUUGUUCUUUAAUCUCAGAAUAAAUUUCUAAUAAAAUUCAUUUCACUGCG